AUUGUGAACUCCUGCUCAGCAAGAAUGGAUCGACAACAUCUUCUGCAGAUAUUAGCGCUCUCUUAUCUCCUUUUCUUUCAGGCUGUGAUUGGUACAGGCGAACUAAACGAAGUUGAAUCAAGGAAGAAAUUCUGUUCAACUCAAGGCCCACCAGGCCCAGCAGGUCGGGAUGGAUUACCAGGACGAGAUGGAGCACUAGGACGGGAUGGACUACCGGGACGGGAUGGUGCACCUGGACCCAAGGGGGAAGUGGGACCACCAGGACCAGCUGGAAUCAAAGGAGAGCCUGGGACCCAAAGGAGAUGGAAACAGUGUUUUUGGAACCACAUCAAUUCUGAGACUGAUAAUGGACGAGUUCUGGAAUGUCCAUUCACCAAGGCUACCCCAAACACAUACCUCCGUGUAGUUUACAUGGGUAAUAUUCGCGUCGCCGGUUGCAAACACUGUUGCAUGAGGUGGUUUUUCACCUUUAACGACAUCGAAUGCAGGGCACCCGCCGCCAUUGAUGCUGUUGUGUACCAGAAUCUCGAUCUGAACAUCCAUCGCUCCGCCAACAUAGAAGGCUACUGCACAGGAAUCGCCAAAGGCCUAGUGCGUGUUGGCUUGCACGUCGGUCAGUGCCAUGGUUAUGGUAUUUUCAACGCCUACACCGGCUGGAACUCAGUGAGCAGGAUCAUUAUUGAGGAGAUUGAGCCCCCUGUUGCUUAAAUAGGUAGCAGUGCUCUUUCCACCCAAGUGUACAGUUCUUGAUUUAUCAUAAGGGCAGUCAAAUGUUGAAUUGUUAACGGGGCAUAGUUAGGCUCACUGAAUUAAGGGUGUCUUGACUGUAUUGGGUGGGACUCAUCACAAAAUAUGGAAAUAAACCUGCGGAGAAACUUA